CCAGAAUCAGCGCCUGGAAACAGUUCCCAUGCUUCCACAACCUUGUUAACUCCGCUCUCAUGUAUGAGAGAGAUAAAGAGGAGUAGAUGCAUGGCUCUUUUUACAUGACAAGCAAGGUCCUGUGAAUAUAAAAUUCUACAAUUAUACCUUGCUAAGGGAAAGGAAGGGGAAAGAACUCUAUCUUUUUCUUCUUCUUCUUCUUGUAGCUUUACUACACAACUAAGAGAGAGAUCGAGGGAAAAAGAGAGGAUCAUGGCUGCGGGAGGAGCCCACAAAGGAAAUGGUAAUGGAAAUAGAGGAAGGCCGUAUGGGUUGAUGCUGCUUUUAGCAUUUGGGGCUGCUUUGCUUGGUGUUAUGGUGCUACAUAAGUUCAGAGAGAGACGCAUCUUCAACCUCCUUGUCAAAGAGAAGGAUCGUGAGCUCAUGUCCCUCCAGCUUAUCUUGCAGAAGGAAAGAGAACGCAGCAAAGAAAUGAAAAGAAAGGCAGAAGAGAUGAAAGGGAAGAUAUACUCUCUAAGAACCCAAAAGAUGGAGCUUGACAGGAGGCAGCUGGAGAUGCAGUCCACAAUUGAUUCCAUAAAGGAUGAACAAAAGAUUAUGGAGUCUACCCUCGAGGAGAAGCAAAAUGAGAUCAAAAUGCUAAGAGAGAUGAACAUUGAUGCAGAUAAAGGAAACCUUCAAAUGGCGGAUCUUAUAGAAAGUCUGAAACAAAAGGAAGCUGAAAUUGAGGAAUUGAAGCACCACCUUGAAUACCCAGCUAAGAAAUGGUCAGUGAGCACAGACGACCCAUCAAGCCCACCCAUAAACAUGACUGUAUCCUCAAACAUGGUAAACGAGGGUAACAUAGAAGUCGAUAAAGGUAAAGAAGAGGAGGUUCAAUUGCAUGAAACUGCAUAUGAUGGCAAUGGUUUGGAUUCAAGGGGAAAUGGAGGCAACUCUACUUCCACCAAUCUAGAAAAGCAGGGUGAUACUGCCAUAGUUGAAAAUGCAAGUGAAAGCAGGGAAGGCAUUGCAGACAGGAGAGAAGUGUCAGAGGAAAAGGAAUCACAGAAACUUGAUGGAUCUAGAAAUGGAAGUUCCAUUGGCAUUGAUAAGGAUCAAGAGUAUGAAAAUGAAAGUUCUCAAGGGAAGCGUGCUUCUGGUGCAGGAGAGGAAAAUAACACUUCAAAUGCAACCGAGACAAUUGUCAGCAGAAUCGGAAGAGCAUCAAAAACUGCUGAUGCACAUAAUGAUGAGAAAUCAAGGGAUAGAGAAGAGCAUAAAUUUAACCUAGAUGGGCAACCUGGGCUUGAAAAUGUUCAGGAGGCAGAAGAUCGUCAAGAAACAUUAAGAGGUGGUGCGAGGCGGGAAAUGGUGGAUAACUCCAGAAGUAGGGGGAAGGAGAGGUACCACCAUGCUAGCAGAGUACGAGGAAAGAGGACAGUGGUUGCCAAGAAUAGGCUGCUGGAGAGCAGAAAUGAUGUAAACAAUGUUGCUGAGAAGACAAGAAAUAGAAAAUUUCCUAGGGAUGAUCAAGGUAGACUGAUAUACAGAGAAGGGGGAAGAGCAUCUAUUGAUGGAACAACAGAAGAAAUAACAAAGGCAGUAGGUUUUUCUAAAACCAAAUCAAUAGAGCAUCAAAACCAUGAAGACUCUAAGGACCUGGAAAACAAACUUGGGGAAGAUCGACAAAAUCAGCAGAUGAGUGAAGUUCAUGAGACAAUGAAAAGGCUCCCAGUAGCUCAUGACGCCAAAGUGCUGACAAAUGGAAGCCUUGAUGGCCAGCUCAGUAACAUCAGAAGCAAUGACAGAAAACAGAGCCUGGAUGAAGAUCAACAACAAGCCAGGGGCACAGAAGAAAGCCGAAACAGUAGCAAUAUGAACACUAAAGAAAACAGUGAUGAACAAGUGAUAAAUAUCAGCAAGCAUGAAAGGCAAGAACAAAUGGAGGAUUCAGAUGUAGAACACAAGACCGAUGCAGGUGCUGGAGAUUUUUACAAGGAAUCAGUUUCUGAUUUAGAAGAGGAUAAAGAAGAGUACAGAGAGGAAACUGAUGAGUCCGACUUCUAGCUGAUUACAAGCAUUUAAUAUUCUUGCUUACUGUAAAGGUUUUAAAUAUCUAUCUUCACGGCUGUUAGGACAGUUAUCAAGUUUGCUUAGUGUUUAAAACUAGAGAUGUAUUGGAAUUACCAUCCCAAAUCCAAAAAUACAAUACAAAAUUUGCAGGAGACUGCUGGUUAAAUAGAA